AUAAGUAUGUAUACAGAAACACUCAAUUCUUAAAUCAGAUUCCGAGAGAAACAAAGAGCUUUGGUACAAGUGUCUGCGGAACGAUCGCCAUUCUGGAAUUAUAUCGAGCACAAAGAGCUAUAGCGAACUAUCUUGAACUAGCAUACAUUCAUCUGUUUGACCAUCCGGAUGCUGCUGAAGAGGUGGAAAGGACAGCCAGUGUUGCUAACAAACUGCAUGUAUCGUCUAAAACCUUAAUAGGAAAUAUGCAAAAUUUUGCCAACACCGUUAAAGGAAAACUGUGGCUUCUGUCUGAUGCAAUUUCUGUACAGAAUGCGAAGUUGCUUGAACUGGCAUUGAAAGAGAUCAUGCCCGUGGUAUCUGAAAUGGAAAAAGGGACAAAAGAGUUGCAGCAUAGCUACACACAAAUGCACACGUCCAUACACAGAAAUAUUGAACUCUGUAAACGUAUCAGAAGGAACUACAUGCCGAAAGAAGGACGCUUACGUGAGCAGCAGCUACAAGACUUAACUGAGAGUGCACAAGAGGAGCUGCUUGAAGAGAACCAAAUAAUGCACGGAAAUUUGAGGAAACUCAAGAGAAACACGUCAAUAAUAUUGGAUACAGAGGAGGGAGAGCUGUCAGCUGAUGUGGAUGACUUAACAACUGAUAUUGACAACCUGGCAGUCCGGGAUGAAGAAGGAAGGGUCAAACAAGAUACAAAAUAUAAUGUUAUAUCGGUCAAACAUUCUGCGGUCGGUGAAGGCUCGUUUGGAGAGGACUCUGGGAGAAUCAUACAACAUGAAGUUAUCAAUGAAAGCAUACUGGUGUCGACGCUACAACCAAGGACCGCGAUGACAGGUGGAAUACGAGAAACGGCAUUCGGAAAGCGAAGUCAUCCUAACGUAUUUGAUACGUUCCGAUACGAAUCAAUGGAGUGUUUAAAGAAGUUGUUUUAUGAUUCUGAUAAUCCCAAUGUGUCAUUUCGUGCAACCCGUGUUAUAGACCGAAUGUACAGACGUAACACAGGGGCCCUUGUUAGGCUAAAGACGGUGGCGCAAACAGACGGUCUCGAAGAUGUAGAAAGUCUGCGAGAAGUAUAUGCACAACUGCGAUACAUUGAUACACAACUUGGGAGGCUCAUCAAUUGUUUGUCCGAUACGAAAACGGCAAUGGAAGUCACCUUGGAAACACUAUCUACAGAUCAUUCAAAGCUGAAUGUUUCUCUUUUCAGCUUCAUAGAACUAAACUACAGUCUAGGCUUGGAAUGGUGUUGGUUUGAAAGCUUAUGCACGAAUUACAGAAAUGAAAGCGAUUUACAGAUGAAACAGUUGUAUGAUUUUCUGAAGUACCCAGUCAAUAAAAUGUCCAACGAAGAGCGCCUAGCGCGCAAACAGCGACUUUUCACAAAUAUUGAAGACGAAAUAAGGAACAGUCUUCCCAAAGAAAGGGAUUAGGACAAGGAAACCUAUAUUUUGCCAUUGUUGUUAUGAACUGCAACACGCAUUUUGAUUAUUUUCUUGUUUUUACGUGCCAUGCUAUUAAAGUAAAUAGAUUUAUCCUUUCAAGAU